AGUUUUGUUUAGGUACAAUGCUCAGCUUUUCGCGACUCGCCUUCGUUCUUCUCGUCUCGGCGUGCGUCAUGGCAAUGGCUGCUCCAAAACAAAUGGUGUUCGGAUUUGGCAAGCGAUCAAUGGCUGAUAUUAGUGAUAUGCCUGAAGACGUGCCAAUGAAACGCUACAAGCCAAGAAGUUUCGCAAUGGGAUUCGGAAAGCGAGCUGCAAUGAGAAGCUUCAACAUGGGAUUUGGCAAGCGAUCCGCAGAGCCACAGAUUGAUUAUGAAGACAUGUCUGCUGAUCUCGAGGAGAUUCCAGUGUUCAUCCAGAAACGCCGUUUGAUCAUGGGACUCGGAAGACGAUAAAACAAGCAUCACCGAUUCUCUCCUCUAGGGACCCUCAUCAUUUUUCCGCCGACGCAACACCUUCAAAUCCACUUGAGCCUCCAAUCUCCAAUCUUACUGUGAACCUCUUAUGAGAUGAAUAAACUGAACGCUUGCCCUCCUUGUAUUCUUGUUAUUUGUUCCUGCUUUUUGCUUGCAAUAAAUCGCGAGUUUUGAAAAAAAACAUUUAAAAAUGGGCAUUAAAAACUCAGAAAAAAAAAUUAGAAGGAAAAAAUGUGAUGUCCGAGUUAGAUUUUAAACAAGUGGUCCAAUU